AUGCUCCUGCUUACCUUUUGGCCUCUGCUGAACUCUGUCCUCAUCACAGAUGAAGAGGCUGCUCUUCUGGUAGAAUCACCUAAGGAUGUCUUCUGCUUUUCUCGAACCUUUGAGGAUCUCACCUGUUUCUGGGAUGAGCCUGUAAGGACCAUGCAGGUGGAUAGGGAGUAUCGCUUCUUCUACAUGUACAAAGGAGAACAGCACAGAGAAUGCCUGCUGACCUCAGAGAGACAGAGUGAUGGAAGCUGGCGCCAUAUCUGCGUCUUUCCCAGUGACCAUAAUAGUGUCAAACUCUUCAUAGAGCUCUAUGUUGAGGUGCUAGACAGCUUUACCAAUGAUACCAUUCUAUCCCAGAAUCUCUCAGUGGAAACUGUUGGUCUCAUUUCUCCACCAGAGAAUGUAACAGCUGAAUGGCCCAGGGUGGCAAGACAGUUGCAUGUGGCUUGGGAUCCCCCACGCCUCAGCUAUGUGGAAUUCUUGGCCUAUGAGGUUCUUUAUGACGUUGAAGACUUAUGGUACCCCCCAUCCAGGAUUGAAGUUAGGAACAGCCGCACAUGCCGCCUCAGUGAUCUUCUCCCAGGGCAGCUGUACCGCAUCCAAGUGCGCACCAAACCUGAUGGCCUGUCCCUUGAUGGGCUCUGGGGGCCCUGGUCUCCGUCAGUGUUAGCAGAGACACCCCAUCUCCCUGAGGAAAUUGACCUGCACUGCUUCACUCCUGACUUGCACCAACUGCACUGCCAGUGGGACUGGGAGCCCACAGAGCCCGAACCCUCUCACAGCGUCUUGUACUGGGCAGAAGAUAACAGCAGCAGCACAAGAACACAAACCUGGCAUAAAUGUGAGGAGGAAGAAGAGAGAAUUGAGCCUAUUUAUCAUACUAGUUUCCACAUCUGCACCUUCCAGCCUAGCAACAGCAGUUACAUCAGUGUCCUGGUAGUUGUCACACAGGGACAGUCCAAGGCAGAGGUGAAGUACUUCAAGGAACCAUUUGACUUGCACCAAGUAGUGCUCACUGCCCCACCAAGGAUCCUGCAACUGAAUGUGGGGAAAGGGAUACUAAAACUGGAGUGGGACACACCUCUGGAGGCAUUAGCUGAGCACAUGGUAUAUCAGAUUCGGUAUGCCACGCAAGACAGCCUGGAGUGGAAGGUGUUGCAUGUUCAGUAUUCAACAAACACUGAAAUCCUGGAUCCGGUCACUGGAAGUCACUACUGCCUACAGCUGCGUACUCGGCCAGAUGGACAGAGGUACCACGGGUUUUGGAGUGCCUGGUCCAGCGCUGAAUGCAUUGAAAUCCCACCUGGAUCAGACCUUCAGCAUGUCCUGGAUGGAUUCCUUGAGGAUAGUAGCAAACAAGAUCAGCAGGUGAAUGUUUUCUUCUGCAACAAGACUUUGGAGAAUACACCUUUGACUUGCCCACUGGAAGUCCUGUCUGAGAUGCCCCUGGAUAUAAGAAGCUAUGACCUUCUUCCAGAUGCAAUAGAGCAGAUGGAAAGUGAGAACCAGCUUUCUUCCUACCAGCACUACAUGGUGCUGAGUCCUAGCAGUACCCAAGAGAGCAAGCAGGAAAAUGAAUAUUUCGAUGGCACACAGGAUGGGUCUGACACCUUCCCCGUGCCCUUGGAACAUGGUUCACACACUGCUUUAAAUCCCAAGGUCCACCGUAGUUUUUUUACCUUGUGCAGCGUACCGCCUUCCCCCAGUAAAGUGAAAGAGGAAAGAAGUGCAGAAGUUUCUGGGGAACAAUCCACAUCUCCCACACAUAUCUCAAACCAGUCUUACCUGCUGAUGGGCUGA